AUGCCUUUUGUAAACGAUUCCGAUUCUUCAUUCGACGCUUUUUAUGCUGCUCGUACGCCUCGGUCUAUCUACUGCUUUUUAGAUAUUGAUUGCUACUAUCAGAAGCGAAAGAUGGGAAGCCGGCCACAGUCACGCGACGAGACGUCUUUUCCAGCUGGGAACACUACAAGCUCUUCGUGCACAUCCGAACGACUUGGAGCCUUUGGCGCUUUGCAACUUGAUUAUCCUACUGAUUAUUCAUCUCAGCGCCGCACAAUGACUGAAUAUCCUCACGUGUCUCGGCCCACCGAGUUGCGAAACAUGGAACCGUCCGUAGCCAAUGACGAACGUUACGAUCCCCACUUAUCAGCAGGAACGCGUGGGAGUGCAGGGUCAACAAGAGUGCAACACCAAGGCGAGACCCCUCUUCUCAGACAGCCAUACAUGUCCUCCUACCCUUCAAAC